CGGACAUAUUCAGCUGUUACUCAACCAAGCAAACGUGUUUUUAUAUUUUCCAUGCUGCUUGAUAUGAUUUAUUUGCUCGUAAUGUGAUUUGUUAUGAAUCCGCGAACAGUGUGUACUAGUAAAUCGAUACUGACUCAGAUUUACAGAAUAUAGGUAAUGCUCUACGAUAUGCAAUUGCGUUCAUUUGAGUGAUAUUUGUGUGGGAUUUUUCAAGAAGUAAUCCUGUCGGACAAUCUCGCAAACUCCUUUUAGUACAUUAUUGGGCUAGCAAGCUAGUCACAAUGACGAUCAAACGACAAAAGCAAGCCAAGAAAACCAUCAAUUUCUACAAACACAACUUCAGUUUUAGAGAGCCCUUUCAAAUUCUAAUCGACGGGACGUUUUGCCAGGCAGCGCUGAAGAAUAAGAUUCAAAUCAAAGAGCAGAUGCCGAAAUACCUCAUGGGGGAGGUGCAACUUUGUACUACAAAUUGUGCGCUGAAGGAACUUGAAUCGCUGAAGGACCUCUAUGGUGCCAAACUCAUCCUGCAGCGGUAUCAGGUUAGGAACUGCAAGCAUUUCAAGAACCCUGUAUCUGCGUCAGAGUGUCUGCUGUCCAUGCUGGAAGGGACCAAUCCUCACCACUACUUUGUUGCCACACAGGACCAAGAGGUGACAGCAGGCCUAAAGAAGAUCCCAGGCGUGCCUCUUCUGUAUAUCAUCUUCAACACCAUAGUGUUGGACAAGCCCAGCCCGUGCUCGGUGAACCAUGUGCAGGCUGUGGCUCUGGGAGAGAUGGUCACACCAGCCCAGCAGCAGAGCAUCAACAGCCUGAAGGAGGUGCAGGGGAUCGGGCAGGAUGGAGAGCGCCGGGGCAAGAAGCGUAAGAGGAAAAUCUCCAAUCCUAACCCACUCAGCUGCCUGAAGAAGAAGAAAAAACAGCCACCGACGCAACCGCUUAAGACUGAGGGCGAGAAGAAGAAACGGAACCGGCAAAGGAAACGCAGCAAGCCAGAGGGUGGGGAGGGUCCAUCCCUCAAACCACCCCCAAACCCCUAGUGUGGUGGGAAGAGACUUGUUUAUGAGGGAAGUAAUAAGAGCUGAUUCCCAAAGGCUGAAUAUAAAAUGUAUACAUAUUUUUUAUAGAUAAAUGACCGUUUAGAUCUUUAGUAAACACAUUUGCUCUGUAUUUGCCAGAUGAAUGGCAUUUUCAUUGGAAUUCAAGAGUUCCAACUUCAAAUGUUUGGAGAACAUCAACACAAUGAAUUCAGUCUUUUAUUUUAUUUUUAUGUUUCCUUUAUUUUGGCAGUUACCUACAGCAUCUUUGCAAUAAUUCUAAAUAAUAAUGAUGUUUUCAUGCGAACCUUAGGCAAUGCAAAAUACAACGAAGUUACUUUAUUUAUAGUAACAAAUGUGGUGAACAACUUUGAAUAUUUAUUAGACAGUUAAUAAUGCAAAGUUGAAAGGCAUGAUCAAUCAUCUUAUUUAAUGAUAACAUAAUAUUUUAUGGCAUGAUGAUGGUAUUGACUUUAUGAAAGAUAAGCAGCAUGAUAUGUCAUAUUAGCCACACAGGACACCUGCUAUGGUAUUUGUGAGAUUCCUUAGGACCUCAGUUUUUCCUAGAUAAAACACAAUGUGAAGAUUU